CCCCGCCACUGGAAGCAUGUCGUGACAGACCCCUCCUCACAGUCUCAUCAUCCGAUUACUGCUCCUUCUCCCAUUGCCCCUCCCCAUCCGCAACCCCGCCAUACAAAGACAACUCCCCUCGCUGGACCCCGAAGUAAAUGGACGCAGAAGAGAUCCUUCGUGGGAUCAAGCCCCUCGUGGGCCAAGUGACCGCGAUCCGAACCGUCCAGGAAACGCGCCCCCGCGAAGACUAUGCCGAUGCCUACGUCACGGAAGUCAAUGUCAAAUGCGCUUCCAAGGUGAUCAAAGCCCUGGAUUCGUCCUUCCCCCGCGACUCACCCCAAUCAUUGAGUCACCUCCGCCGUUUCGCGAAACACAACCAAGUCCCCGAGCAUCUUCGCUCAACCCUCCUCCGCGAGGGCUCCUCCCCAGCGCAGACCAUCUUCGUCCUGAUCUACCCCCCUCUCCCUGAUAUCGACGCCCUCCAGAAUGUCCUCUCACCAUUCGCACCUCCAGACCACCCCGCAGGCAACAAACUCGUCUUCCACACCGUCCGCAUUCCCCUCCAACCGCCCCUCACCACUGUCCAAGCCGAGGCAUGGUCGAAUACCAUGUGGCCCGUCGUCUUUAACCCGUCCGCUCCCCGGGCCAUGAUCGCCCCGCCCCCGCAUAUCCUGAGCCGCGCCCGCGACUUCAUCCAGCCCAAGGCAGGCCGGUAUCUAGCUCUAGCACAAAGGGUAGCCGAGGAGGCAGAACAAUCGGGUCUAGGCAGGAGCGUGGGCGCAGUCGUCGUGGACCCAGAUCUCGAGGCCCAGCUCGACGACGAAGAAUCCGACAUCCACUGGUCAGAUGCGGUGGUCGCAGUCGCAGGUGACGGGAGGUACUCUCGCGCCCCUGUACCAGAGCCGGGCCCGAACCCGGUCAGCCAGAUCUACGACCCUGACCACGAGGGCGGACCCGAGCUCCACGCACUGAUGCGCGUCGUCGAAUUGAUCGCCAGCAAGCGCCGCGAAGACCGCCCGGGAUCAUCAUCCACCGGCCGGCCGUGCCUGAACCAUCUCGAGACCUACUUCCUUUCCCAGUCCGACGUGACCCGCUCCGACGACGAUGACUCAAAGGACCCCUCCCCCGUACCAGAAAAAUAUCAGAAAACCGAGACCUCCUCGCACGCGAUCCACAAACAGCCCGAGUCCGCAGAGGACGAUACCCCCACCACGGCUCGCAUCCGCCCCCGCUCACAGGGCGGCUACCUAUGCACCGAUCUGGACGUGUAUCUGACCAACGAGCCAUGCAUCUGCUGCUGCAUGGGCCUGCUUCUCUCGCGGUUCCGCGCCGUGAUCUAUCCCCGUAACGGACGGAUGGUAUCGGGAGGGUUGGCAUCAGAACCCGUCGUUAAGCCAGUACCCGUGGAGAAAGAAGAAGGAGAAGGAGAAGUAACCACUGCCGCAGAAAACCAGGAACCUACCCCAGACGAUACCCAACCCCAGAGGGAAUACUACGGUCUACACUGGCGCAAGGAGCUGAACUGGCGUGCUCUUGGGUUCGAGUUCGUCGAGGAGACGGAGAAAUCUGCGGAGGGGGUCGCAUUCCAUGCAUAGUUAAAAUCUAGAUACACACAUACCAUGCAGCACGUCCAUAAAGCAAGGUAUAGAGCAAAUCACCCCAGUCAUCUUG